AUGUCGGACUCUACUCACCAUGAUAGGCCCUUGAGGUUGUUGACGAUGAACACACCGAGCGGACAAGCGGCCCAGAUUAUGGUUGAGGAGCUGCGACUGCGGUACCGCGUACGAAUCGACCAUCUCGUCUUGGAUUUCAGGACCGGAGUGGCAAGAUCGAAUGGAUUCCUUGCCCUCAGCCCGAAUGGCGAGGUUCCAGUGCUGAUUGAUAACAACGCGGAUUACUUAAACAAGUCGGCGGCGCCCUUCGCUGUGUCGGGAGCUGGCGCAAUUAUGCUGCACUUGGCGAAUCAGGUUGACAAAUCUAACUUAUUUUAUGGCGCGGGUGAUCGUGAUGAUUCCGACGUGGUGAGCCUGAUGGAGUACGGCUUGACGAAUAUUGCGGUUCCCACCAAUGAAUUGAUCCAUUUCGAGCGUGCGUUCUGCCGACGUCGGGGCGCCAAUGCUUAG